AUGUAUCGACACAACAGUUACAAUACCAACGUAUCUCGUUCACCCUCCCUUAGCCAACGUAAACUCGUGGCUGAAUUCCGUCCUUCGUCUCCGCUCGUUGGGGGAUCGCCCGUGUCCGUGAGCACUACUGAGACACAUCAUGCGAUCACAAAGACUUCAUGGCUCGAGAGCGCUCGUGAAAGCACUAACAACUUCAAACUGAAUGGCUCACCCGUCCCUCUCGUUUGGGUUUUGGUCGAGGACAACGUCAUCCCGCCGAAUGCUGUUCCUUUUGGCGAAGACAAGAACGGAUCGCAACUGUACAUUGCUCGUGCCCUGCUCGAGGUAGACCUCGGAAAGGCAGGUGCUCACCUUCAACAUGCCCUUAUCAGUUAUGGCGGAAGGGAACACCAAAUCCAUAAAUACGAAGUCCUCGUGUGUGCUUCUCAACUUCGCUGGGGCCUGGCCACCUAUGAGUCAGUAGGAUCUUUGAGUCAGGGCACAGUCGUACUUGCACAACAAAAUCAGCAGCUGCAAUCUCAACGCGGGUCUGCAGCAUGGACUGCUCAAACUGGCGGUUUCUCCCAGCGUGGAGGAAUUCAGGGUGGUGACUACAAAACCGUGAUUCUGAUUGAUGAUUCCAUUUCUGUCAAACAUUCUUGGACCCUAGUCCGUGAGGCGCUGGCGGGAAUCGCUGAUCUUGCGACUCAGUAUGGCUCUCAAGGAAUCGAUUUACACUUCUUGCACCAUGAACAUUACCAUCAAAACAUCAAGACGAGCCAAGAGGUCCAAAGCAUUUUCAAUCAAACGGCCCCUAACGGUCCAGAAACGCCAACUGCUGCGAAACUGGAAGAGCUUAUCAACAUCUACCUCCCCCUCGUGGAACGAAAGUUCCCUCAACACAAUCCUAUCGACAUUAUCAUCAUUACCGACGGUGUCGCAACCGAUCAGCAAGCUCUUCCUGAGGUUAUCGUUAACGCAGCCCAGCGUCUGGAAAGAAGCCAAGUUCCAGAGGGAAUGUUUGGCAUCCAGUUUGUACAGAUUGGCACAGACGCGGAAGCUGCUUUGGCAUUGCGCGCUCUGGAUGACCACCUCGAGAAGCAAUACAAAAUCAGAGAUAUCGUGGACACCACACCUUACGAUCCUCAACAGGGCGCCUUCAAUACAGAUUACAUGCUGAAGAUCCUGCUCGGUGGUGUGAAUAAGGUUCUUGACAAUGGAGGUCCUGUGCCGAGCGAAUUGCUUCAAGUUCCCUCGCUCGUAAUCCCCCAAUACGGGCCGAGGUAA